AGUAAAAAACAAACGCUAAAAAGCCACUAAUUUUAGCAGUUGGCUAUUGCUUGCCUUUUUAAACGUCUAUUAUUAUGACAUGACAUUUUUGUAUUUACCUAAUUUUUAUUUUAUGUGAACGAUACAAUGAGUACAAGAACAGCCCUGCAAAAAACUCUUAGCAAAUGUGCUUCUUCAAACACUGAUUUAAAAGGUAUCAUAGCAAAAAAAAUCCCAAAACAUGCAGAAUUGGUAAAAAAGUUUAGGAAAGAACAUGGAAAGGCCAAAAUAAUGGCCGUUGAACUCGGACAGAUGUAUAAUGGUAUGCGAGGAAUCAGAUCUAUGGUUUAUGAAACAUCUCUGCUCGAUCCCAACGAGGGAAUUAGAUUUCGAGGUCUUACAAUUCCAGAUUGUCAAAAACAAUUACCCAAAGCUCCAGGUGGAAAAGAACCUCUCCCAGAAGGUAUUUUUUGGCUUAUGCUUACAGGAGAUGUACCAACACAAGAGCAAGUUAACUGGUUAUCGAAAGAAUGGGCAAAAAGGGCAAAAUUGCCAAGUCAUGUCGUAAAAUCUAUGGAUACAAUGUCGAAAACCGUACAUCCAAUGGCCCAGUUAUCAGCGGCCGUUACAAUAUUAAGUGCCGAAAGCAAAUUCCAAAAAGCGUAUUCUAGUGGAGUAAAAAAGGCUGUAUAUUGGGAAUAUGUAUACGAAGAUUGCAUGGACCUACUAGCAAAACUACCAGUAAUAGCAGCUAAAAUUUACAAUCACUCAUUUAGAAGCGAAGAAUGUGGUUGUGUAGAAAUAGAUCCGAGUAAAGAUUGGAGUUACAAUUUAAUGACGAUGAUGGGUUAUUCGGAUCCACAAUUUGCUGAACUUAUGAGACUGUACUUAACAAUUCAUUGUGAUCAUGAAGGAGGUAAUGCUUCGGCUCACACAAUUCAUUUAGUCGGUUCCACUUUGAGUGAUCCAUUCUUAGCUUUUGCUGCUGGAAUGAACGCAUUAGCUGGACCAUUGCACGGUUUGGCUAAUCAAGAAGUAUUGGUAUGGAUAAACAGAUUGCGAGAAAAACUCGGUGAUGAUCCAAAUGAAAAGAGACUCAAAGACUUUGUUUGGAAAACGUUAAAAUCUGGUCAAGUCAUACCGGGAUAUGGUCAUGCUGUGCUGAGAAUAACAGAUCCUAGGUAUACAUGUCAAAGAGAAUUUGCUGAAAAGCAUUUACCGAAUGACCCUGUUUUCAAGCUAGUAUCUGCAAUUUAUAAAGUUGUACCACCUAUACUUAAGGAACUAGGAAAAGUUGCAAAUCCAUGGCCAAAUGUGGAUGCACAUUCUGGGGUACUUUUGCAAUAUUAUGGACUCACACAAAUGUCGUACUAUACCGUUCUUUUCGGAGUUUCCCGCGCUAUGGGCACCUUGGCUCAGUUAGUUUGGUCAAGAGGAAUAGGUUUUCCAAUCGAGAGACCUAAAUCACUUACGACGGAAGCACUAAUGAAGCAACUUGGUGGAAAAGGUGACAAAAAGAAAUCUCAAAUUCGAAUAAAUCCAGGAGUUGGUUCGAGUACUAUUGCAAGUGAAUGUAACUUAUCAAAAAGUGCUGUUAAUAAGAUAAUCAAGAGACACGGAUACCAUGAUUACAAAUACCAAGCUGUACAAAAACUAUAUCGUAACGAUCCUGAAAGAAGAUUGCGAUUUUGUAAUUGGUUUAAACGAAAGGCUAUGGAAAAUCCUCACCUAAUCCAAGAAGUGAGACAUCAAUAUCGUUUCUCUUUGAAUAUGUGGUGCGGUUUGUUAAAUAAUAAAUUACUGGGACCAUACUUUAUUGACGGAAACCUUACUGCAGAAAAAUAUUUAGAUAUACUGCAGGAUAUGUUAGAUGCUCUUCCUUUAGAGUAUCGUCUUAACGAAAUCUGGUUCCAACAAGAUGGAUGUGGUCCAGUGGCGUGGCCUGCCAGAUCGCCAGAUCUGAAUCCAUUAGAUUUUUAUUUGUGGGGACGUCUCAAAAAUAAAGUGUAUAAUACACCAAAUGCAACAAUUGAGAUUCUCCGCGAAAAGAUUGAAGAUGCAUUGGAAGAUAUCCAAGAAGAAGAAAUAAGCAAUAGCAUAAGAAAUAUGAAUAUCAGAAUUGCUAAAUGUAUUGAAGAAGAUGGCGGGCAUUUUGAACAAUUACUCAAUUAA